AUGUCCGACCCUGACAUAGGCUGGAGGCCUAUCCGGAGGCCCUCACCCACAACCCCGUCACACCCAGCAACACAUGGCUCCACGGCCACCAAUACCACCACGCCUAUCCCCAUCGAGCCACCUUCGCCUUCCCCGGGUUCGGCAUCAGCCAGGAAGCGUGCAGGCACCAAGCGCGGCACGACCUCCAGGUUUGGCAUACACGGCUUGCAGAGCAUCAGCAACCUGCGCAACGGCCUCUCACACGCUCGCAAGUCCAGCAUGAGCUCCAAGGAGCAGCAUGCUGGCGGCGGUAGUGAGAACCUGCUAGCCAGAAAUGAGCGGCUACCAACGACACGGAACCCAUCGCUAGACAGCAUCGGUGAUGGCAGGACACCGCUUCUCCAGCGGUCUCACAAUGCCCAGACGAGUCAUCAUGGUGGUUAUGGCGAGAAGACGACAGCAACUUCUGUACCGUCUCUGGCGGUCAGACCUGCGAGCAUCCGCAUCCCCUUUCUUGACGACCCUGAAGUGGCCCAGGUCUGCUCGCCAAUGUCCGAGAACACGGAGCAGAGUUAUCAGCUGGCUGAUACAUCUGACGCCGUGUCUGGGGAGCAUCAUGUCCGCCCGAGUUUGCGUACCACGACGUUAGGUGUUCAAGACGCAGGUGUCAACGCUGUACAGAGUACGAAUCUGCUGGGCCCCAAUAACACAAGCGUGGACUUGGGCACGACUGGUUCUGUGGACCUGGGGCGAAUGAGCACGGAGAGCCAGUCAUGGCCACUGAACUCGACUCCUGUGAAAGCGAGAAGGAUGAUUAGGACCUCGGGUGACGAUGGGAACGACAACACAGCUGCCCGGAGUCCAAAGGACAAGUACAGUACUGAAGUGCAUGAGCCACCCGACGAGAACAGGACCAGCACCGACAAAACACGACAGUUUUCCCACGAAUAUGAACCCAGUCUGCUGUCGCUCAUCAACAUGCAGGCACAGGUGGCCAAGCUGCAGGCAGCCAACGCGGCCCUCCUCGCGCUCAAUGCAGCACAUGAGAAGACUAUCGCGAUUCAUGAGAACACCAUCGCCUGCCACGCCGAGACCAUCGACUCGCAGGAGGCGACCAUCUUCCGCCAUGAGGUGACUAUCGCGGAUCUGAAUCGCGAGCUCCGCUUUAGUGACGCGGAGCGGGAGAACUUGAUCGAGAACUUUGGCGCCGAGAUGGCAAACCUCAACGGGGAGAAUGCCACGCUGAGAGAGGACAAGUGGUAUUUGAUGGGGCGCGUCGAGGAACUCGAGCAGGUGGUACCCAAGAUGAAAUUGCAGCCGACCCUUGGUGACGAGAGAUCGACUGUGCCGAGAGUGACGUUGGAUGACGAGGUCAUCACACUGGAAGGCGCGCAGAGAGAAGAUGUCGAGAGCCAGGGGAUGAUGAAGUCGAGCAUUCAUGAUAAUGCGUCGGCCUCGCUGCGUUCAAGUUCUCCUGCUAUGGAGGGUCAAGGAACGAGCAACGACGAUAUAGACAGCCCAAUCACCAGUCCUGGCUCGACAUUUUCACCGCGUCCAUGCAGUGGGAAUUCAAUCCGAGGCGUGUAUGCCGUAACGCCGACGCCAAGCAUAGGACAUGUCUCCAGCACCAAAUUGAUCGGCACGUCAGAUGGGUGUAUCACUCGCCCUUCCAGUCGAGGCCAAGCUAGGGUCUCAUCCGUCCUGACAGGUGCUUCAAAGACUGAGGAUGGAGGAGCACGGCUUUCGAACGAGCUCGCAGAGUCCAGGAAAGGCACCAGUAUGGCUCCUCGUUCGCGGCUGUCGGCUAGGAAUAGGACGAGUCUCGAACAGGACCUAGCCACAGCACAGGAAAAGUUGGCCGCGGCUGAGGAGCACAACGUUGGUCUCCAGGCGAGAACCAUCUUGCAGGAGGCUUUGAUCCGCAAGUUGACAACGACAAGUGCGGCAGCAGUGUCCGUACCAACACCUUCAUUACUCUCGGUGCCAAAUCUCCCCAUCCUGACGUACAUCAAACCUUGCUCCGUCUGGCUUGACCGCGUCAGGACCUCAUUCAAGUACCUCGGCUUGAUCGACUUCAUCCAGCGAGAUGUGCCCACACCUGUGACACCCGGGUCCACCGCUGCAGAGAUAGCGUGUUGGAAGAGCCAGCGACUCCAAACCGUCGUCCUGCUCAAACAUGCAGUCGAUGACGAUCUGCUCGAGGACGUGCUGUACCUCUGCGGCAAGGAUGGUCUGCGCGCCUGUCCUACAACGACAAAUAGUCACUCAAACCAGUCAUCUCUCCUCAUGGAAGACCCGUAUCGACUCUUCAACACCAUUUGCACUCUGAGACGUGCAAUGCCCACUUCGUCCUCGGAUCUAGCCUGGGUUGAUCGGAUCGAUAGCUUUGACUACGAGGGUCUCGACGGCUUUGCCUCGUUGGUCUUGUGUAUCGACAAGCGACAAAGUGUCAUGUACGGGGCCUCAGUAGACCACUACGAUGUAUUGCUGCCCAAGAUCCAAGAGAGUAUAGCAAGGAGGUUUCCAGAUUUCAAGAAGACGGCGCUGGCGUUGGAUUCAUCUGAUGUUCUACCCAAGAAGAGAUGGCAGCUGUCAGCUUGGAUGACCAAAACCAUUAAGAAAAGACAGGCGGGUGUGGAUGUAUGA